GUUUUCUCCGCCUUUACUGAGUGCUCUUACGGUGCACAGUUUAUUUGCUCAGUUUUGCGCUGUUUGUCCGACCACGCCGAGUUGUUUUUAUUGUCUCCGACCGCCAGUCACUUGUUCUCCGAGCUUGCGGGUCGGGGUUUGGAUUGUAUCAGCGCAGCAGUCGGCUCGGUUAGGCCUGAGUCCACCCCGCAAACACUUAUGGACUUUGAAAACCAAGCAUAACCGUCUCCAGCAUAGCGUGUGAAUGGAGCAGUGUGCAAGCACAGCCUCCCUGCUGGCCUCGGUGCGGGAGCAGGAGAGGCAGUUUGAGAUGCUGAGCCGAGCUCUGGAGGAGGAGCGGAGGUCGUGCGCUGGCACCCUGCCCCGCCCCCUCCCCAACAUGCAGAACAGCCGCCUUCCUUGUGAUGCAGACAUAGAGAGGCUGACACUGAACGAGGGUUACAUCAACGGGACACAUCAUUUCAGGAUGGAGCCUGGUCAGAUGGUGCAUGAGACGUACACGGUGGAGGAAGCACCACAGGAGACCCCACCCAUAAUUUCUGUGGAGACUAGCGACGAUGGGACCACACGGCGCACAGAAACCACGGUAAAGAAAGUGGUAAAGACCACCACCACUCGCACAGUCAUCCCCUCUGUGUCAGACACACUUUCCCUGGAUGGUGGGGGUUCAGUGACAGGUGUGCCGGGCUACACUACACCCAUAGACCGGGUCUAUAGGCAGGGACCUGGAGGAGGCGUGCCCAUGGACUACCCUACCCACACUGUCCCCCGCAAUUACCAGUAUGGACCUCCGGGGGGGUAUGAGGACUACCGUACUGCACCCCCAUCUGAUGCCUACACAAGCCUUAGCAGGGGUGCUCGCAUGGACGAUCACUACAGACCAGUCCAUCCAGAUGGCUACAGAACUCUGGAUCCAGGCUACAGAGCCCCUAACAGGAACCAGCUAGACCCCUAUGCUGCUCAGCCACAGGUUGGCCGCCUGGGAAGUGCCAUGGAGCUGUCCUCCAUACCAAGGUUUAUCCCAGAUCCAUACGGCCUGGAGGAUGAUCAGCGUAGCAUUGGCUACGAUGAGCCUGACUAUGGCAUGGGACAUUCGAUGCAUUAUAGCACUGUGCCCCGCAAUCCUCAAGCCUUCCCUCGUGGUCCUCCACGCAGGACUGGGAGUUACGAGGGCACCUUGGAUGGUGACAUGAGUGGUCCAGGGGACAUGUAUUAUUGGGGAGGAGCACCUCUGGCCCAGGGUGAAAGAGGUAGCAUGGCCUCAUUGGACGGCACUCUGAGGAAAGGUCCUGGCCCGGGUGGCUGGCGUCAGCCAGAGCUGCCAGAGGUCGUUGCCAUGCUCAACUACAAGCUGGACCCUGUCAGGAGCAAUGCAGCAGCAUACCUGCAGCAUCUCACAUUUAAGAAUGAUAAAGUGAAGACUGAUGUGCGUCGUAUGAAAGGCAUCCCAGCGCUGGUUUCUAUGCUUGACAAUCCAAACAAAGAGGUUCAUUACGCAGCUUGUGGGGCACUAAAGAACAUCUCGUAUAGCAAAGAUCUUGACAACAAGAUUGCCAUCAAGAACUGUGAUGGAGUACCUGCUCUGGUCAGGCUGCUGAGGAAGACCCACAACCAGGACCUCACGGACAAUAUCACAGGGACACUUUGGAACCUGUCGUCUCAUGACUCUGUGAAGAUGGAGAUCGUGGACAAUGCGCUGCACGCUCUCUGCGAUGAAGUGAUGGUACCCCGUUCAGGCUGGGAGCGAGGGAGCAACGGAGCAGGAGGAGGGGAGGAGAACUGCAAGCCCAGACAUCUUGAAUGGGAGACGGCCCUCACUAACACAGCAGGCUGCCUGAGAAAUGUGAGUUCUGAGCGAAGGGAGGCCAGGAGGAAGCUGAGGGAGUGCACAGGACUGGUCGAUUCCCUCAUGUACAUCGUCCAAUCCCAGAUUGACUGUAAAGAUGUUGACAAUAAGUUGAUAGAGAACAGCGUGUGUCUGCUGAGAAACCUGUCCUAUCAGGUGCACCGUGAAAUCCCCGGCUGUGAGCGCUACCAGGAGGCCGUGGCUAUCAACCAGGGCCCCGCCUCCUCCAGUCAGAAGGGCAGUUGCUUCAGCUCCCGCAAGGGCAAAGAUGAGUGGUUUUCCAAAGGUAAGAAAGAAGACGAUGCAGCUGCAGACACAGUAGACAUUCCAAAGAGGACCACACCUGCUAAAGGCUAUGAACUGUUGUACCAGCCAGAAGUGGUUCGCAUCUACACCUCUCUGCUAAAGGAAUCCAAGAACCCCAUUGUGCUGGAAGCCUCAGCUGGAGCUAUUCAGAACCUGUGUGCUGGCCACUGGACUUAUGGGCGAUACAUCCGUGCCUUAGUGCGCAAAGAGAAGGGUCUACCCAUGAUGACUGAGCUGCUGGCCCAUGGCAACGACCGUGUGGUCCAUGCCAUGUCUGGAGCCCUCCGCAACCUGGCUAUUGAUGCACGCAACAGAGAUCUAUUAGGUAAACAUGCGGUGCCCCAUCUGGUGGCUGACCUGCCUGGUGGUGGUCAGAGUCAGCCAGUGCGAGCGCUGUCCGAAGGGACAGUGGUGUCGGUAUUGAGCACGCUCCAGGAGGUGCUGGGCUCUAGUCUGGAAGCAGCAAAGACCCUCAGGGCCUCACAGGGCAUUGAGAGAUUGGUGCUCAUUAACAAGGAUGGUAAUCGUUCUGAGCGGGAGGUGCGUGGAGCCGGCCUGGUGCUGCAGACGGUGUGGGGCUACAAGGAGCUGCGGCGCACUUUGGAGAAGGACGGUUGGAAGAAGACAGACUUCAUGGUCAACCUAAACCCUCCCAACAACACCAUCCGGACCAAUGGCGGAUAUGAGGACAGCACUCUGCCGCUCAUAAACAAAGGUGGCAAAGGGGACCGAGAAACGAUUCCAAUGAAUGACAUGGGACCAGAUGCCUAUUCCACACUGGACCAGAGAGGGAGAAAGAACACUCUGGACAACACACUCGAACCUGCUGACAAAGAUGUCGUACAGGGAGGGAUGUAUGGGGAGAGGCGGGCCUCUUUGCCUCUAAUGGAAUCUUACGAUGAAAAAUUGAUUGUAUGCAUCACAAGACGACAGCCUCCUCCCACCUACUGUCCUUGCUGAACUGACAACGGGGAACCACUACACUAUCGAUGGGACUAAACUCCAUCCUUUACACUCAACUCUUCUUUCCCUCUUUACUUCUUAUGCAGAUUCUCUUCUUUCUCUUUGCUACAUUCCUUAAUUACAGCUGACACACUAAUGAAACCACAUGAGAAACUGACGUGGAUCUACGCCCCCUGUGGACAACCGGAUAUGACACUAUGACCACUUUGAGUUCUGCGAGUCCCUAAGCUCUGAAGAGAAAACACUAACCACUCAGAUACUGUGGCCACAACACUACAUCUCCAUGCAGCAACACUAUGACUUGCCUGGACAGCACUAAAGGUCUCCUGAAUAAAAAGAGACUGUGGCUUCAUCUGAAGACUUUUGUAAUUCUUGGAGGUUGCACCAUAGACUAAAAUAAAGGGACUGUUUAUCAGAACCUUUUGCUAAAAUUUUACAAAAAUGGUUAUUACACUGUUCUGAAGAAAUUGGAAGGUAUAUCAUGUUUUCCUUUUCCCUUUCUCUGAUAAUUUAAAUGCUAAAAAAAAAACAAACAAAAAAAAAACCUACCAAUGAAAACCAGGGUUUAAAGAUCUGGUCAGAUAUGUGUAAAGUUUGUUUUGGUUGUGCUUUUUUGCUUCUUGCUUUGCUCUGUACCACAGUAAUGUACACGUGCCAAAUGACACUGCUGUGACUGCCAGUUAUGAAUGCAAGAACUUCACUCACUCAGACUUUCUGCAGCGACUACGCUUAAAAUUGUCAUCUGCUUUGUGUCGGUGACAGAUCAUUGCCAAGGUGCAUAGGGGUGGUGCAUUUUCUGUAUUUGACUGUAAUGCAUAGAUAUAGCGUACAGAAAUAGAGCAGACAAGUUAUUCUUCACCUGCUAGAAUAGACAGUAUAGUCUGUGCUAUGUUUCUAUCCUUUUGUUAAAUGUAUGCUCCUUAACCUUUGUAAUUCAUGGGACAUAUCACAGGAUUCAGCAGGUGCAUUUCCUUUCAUCUGCAGAUCGUGUAAUCGUGUACAUAGUCCACUGUCAAAGGCAGUCUUCUAACUGGAGUGCCUCACUCAUUCAGGAUAGGAUGUGUCCAACAUUACCAAUCAAGGUGUCUCUGUAGUUCUUUCUUACAAGUUGAGAAUACUGUACAUGGAACUCAGCAGUUUUCUAUUGGGCAAGUAAAACUGGUAUUGAACGUGUGACCCUGUAUGUAUGUAUGUAUGUAAGAGUGAUUCUUGUUAUUGGGGUUGUUUUUUAUGGGGUAUAAAACUCUUUUGAGUUCUGUAUAAUUUACUUCACCAACCUGGUACAGAACAGUACAUGGGAGAAGACUGUCAGUUUCUUUAGUACAGUGCUCAUUCUGUAGAAAACCCGAUGCAUAUUAGUGCAGAGUGAGAUGUAGAUACUUACUGACUGGAUGAUUAAAAGAAGCACUAGGGAGUAUAAUGUGUAUUUUCCCCUUUUUUCCACCCUUUAUUUUCCAUGUCAAUUGAAACAUGACAGAGGAAGCCUUAUUUUCCCAAAGUAACAAGUUGCCUUCAUGAGUGGA